AACAAAUUCCCGGUAACCAAACACAACGUCAAGUAGGGUGGCUUUGGAACGUAUUUCCAGCGUCCCAAACAAGAACACACAUUCAUGUCAAGCAGCUAGAAAGUUGGAGUACACAGAGAAGAAAGCAGAACGAAAAGAGAAUUUUCCCGGAAACAUGUUGUUUUUCUCGUAUUUUAAGGACCUAGUGGGCAGAGAAGUGACAGUGGAACUGAAGAACGAUCUAGCCAUUCGGGGCACUCUGCAUUCGGUUGAUCAGUAUCUCAACAUUAAGCUUGAGAACACCAGGGUUGUGGAUCAGGACAAGUAUCCCCACAUGCUCUCAGUGAGGAACUGUUUCAUCAGAGGAUCAGUGGUUAGGUACGUUCAGUUACCACCAGAUGGAGUUGACAUUGAACUGCUUCAUGAUGCUACAAGAAGAGAAGCUCGUGGUGGCUGAAAUUCAAUAGUGACGAUUCAGUGUAUUUUAUGACUAUUCUGACUUUGGCUGUAUUAGUUUUCUGGUUCUGAAUGUAGCUUACUUUUGGCAUUCCAAUGCCUCAAAAUAUUUGAAAUAGAUACUCUUGAGCUGUAUUACAGAAAAUUAGAUUUCCAUUAUUAUAAAUUUAUGUGAAGUUUUCCAACUUCAUCACUACCAAUUCAGUUGUU